AUGGAGACGCGGCGGAAGAUGGCGGCCGAGCCCCGCAGUCGGGGCCGGGGGCCGUACCGGCGGCCGCCACUCUCCGCCCUCGCCGCUGCGUUCCUCCUGCUGGGCUGCAGCCCGGCCCCCGCCGCCGCCGUCGCCGCCUCUUCCAGUUGUCACCACCGCGUUCCCAGCGGCGGAGAGGUUGUCUACAAAGUUUAUCUUAAGGAAAAUCAUGUUCUCAAGAGAAAUGUUGAUCAAAAACUGAGAAUUAAGACUAUAUAUGACAGAAGUGUCGAAGAUUUGCUCCCUGAGAAACGACACCUUAUAAAGAACAAACUUUUCCCACAAGCUAUUUCUUAUUUGGAAAAGACUUUUCAAGUUCGCAAACCAACAGGUACUAUUUUGCUAAGCAGGCAAUGCGCAACAAACCAGUAUUUAAGGAAGAAAGGUGACCCUCAUAGAUAUUGCCAAGGAGCCUGUGCAGAACACACAAGAUGUGGCCCAGUUGUAGUUCCUGAGGAACACUUACAGCAAUGUAGGGAAUAUAGUGCAAAAGAAGGGCAUUGGGGACCUGCUGGCUUACCAGACCAAGAAGGAAUUCGAGAUGCCGAUUUUGUACUUUAUGUCAGUGCUCUUACUACUGAAAGAUGUGGUCAGGAAAAUAUUAUUGCGUACGCAGCCUACUGCCAACUGGAAGCAGAAAUGGACAGGCCAGUAGCAGGAUAUGCUAAUUUGUGUCCAAAUAUGAUUUCUACUCAAGCUCAGGAAUUUAUUGGCAUGCUGUCUACAGUGAAACAUGAAAUUAUUCAUGCACUGGGUUUCUCUGCUGGGCUAUUUGCAUUUUAUCAUGAUGAUGAUGGAAAUCCUUUGACAGCAAGAUAUGCAAAUGGGCUCCCACCUUUUAAUGACAGUCUAGGUUUGUAUCAGUGGAGCAAUAAAGUUGUUGAUAAAGCAGUGAGGUUAUGGGAUAUACGAGGUAAUAAGAUGCUGCGCCAUGAUGUAUUUCUUCUGAUAACACCUCGAGUAGUUGAAGAAGCUCGGAAACAUUUUGACUGUCCAAUUCUAGAGGGAAUGGAGCUUGAAAACCAAGGUGGUAUGGGUACUGAGCUCAAUCACUGGGAAAAGCGAUUGUUGGAGAAUGAGGCAAUGACUGGAUCCCACACACAGAACAGGGUCUUCUCCCGGAUUACCUUAGCAUUAAUGGAGGAUACAGGCUGGUAUAAAGCCAAUUACAGCAUGGCAGAGAAAUUAGACUGGGGCCGUGAUAAAGGCUGUGACUUUGUGAUGAAAAGCUGUAAAUUUUGGAUUGACCAAAAGAAAGAGAAGAGGCAAUUGGUGAGUCCAUAUUGUGACACUCUGAGGAGUAAUCCACUGCAGUUAACUUGUAGACAGGACCAAAAGGCAGUAGCAGUAUGCAAUUUACAGAAAUUCCCAAAGCAGUUACCUCAGGAGUAUCAGUACUUUGACAGUCUUAAUGGAGUACCAUCAGAAGAUUUGCCUUAUUAUGGUGGCUCAGUAGAAAUUGCUGACUAUUGCCCCUUUAGUCAAGAAUUUAGUUGGCAUUUAAGUGGUGAAUUUCAACGCAGCUCAGAUUGUAGAAUAAUGGAAAAUCAGCCAGAUCCUUUAAAAAACUAUGGUGCAGAGAAAUAUGGACCAAACUCUGUGUGUCUCAUUCAGAAAUCAGCAUUUAUCAUGGCACAGUGCAGAAAAAAGCUCAGUUAUCCUGAUUGGGGUAGUGGAUGUUAUCAGGUUUCUUGUUCUCCCGAAGGGCUGAACGUUUGGGUCAAGGACACAGCAUACUUGUGCAGCCGCUCUGGACAAGUGUUAACUGUUAGCGUUCAGAUGAAUGGAUGGGUACAUGCUGGAAAUCUAAUUUGUCCAGCUUGUUGGGACUUCUGUGAUUCCUGUCCCCCUGAACGGGAUCCUCCAGCUUCUAACAUAACAAGGGCACUAUCAAUUGAUUUGUGCUCCUGUUCCUCCAGCCUGGUUGUAACUCUCUGGCUGUUGAUGGCUAACUUGAUCCCCUUGCUGACAGGAUUUCUUCUGUGUGUAUGGACUUAAGUGUGGGUAAAAAAUGUACUUACUCCAAGACUUCACCACCAUGCUGCAUUCCUCGAGUCAAGAGCACUACCGUAGUGCAACAUCUCUGCAGGCAGCAGUCUCACACUGGACGAUUGCCUUUUGGUCUAUCUCACUACUGCUUGUAGCCAAGAAGGUGCUCACAACAGCAGCUAGCUUUUAAGAGGAGGCAAAGUUUACUAUGCUUUCUCAAUAAGUGCCAGUAUUUUCGGAAUUCAGACCUUUAAUUUUAACAGUAACAACUUUUGAAGAUCAAAUAUGCUAGCUGCAUUAGGCAACUGGCAACUCAGUCAUUAGUGAUAUACAUGUGAAACUGUAAGAGUGCUUCUUGGAUUUUGUUUUGCUAAAUCCUCUGUGUAAGUGAUAGCAGGAUGUUGUUUUUUAGCAUCCUCAAACUGGAGAUAUACCUCAAUGUUUCUUUAGUGAAAAGCCAUGGAAAAAAAUCAGUUGGCAUUGCUGCUAGGAACCUAGGCUGAAAUGGGCUUUUAGCGAGUCUUGCAAUUUCAGCCACACACGCACAGACAUACACACAAAACACUGAUAUUAUGGCAUUGCUGCCAAAAUACUAUUCUGUACUUUGAAACUUAUGGUGAAUUGAUGGUAUAUUUUUUCAUCAGAUUUGUUUCUUUACAUUUAUUCAAAUAUUUUAGUAAUCCCACUUCAGCUUUUUGAAGCCCACUCUCAUUGAACGCGUGCCAGUUAUAUGAAAAUUGAUGCACUACGUAUUUGAAUCUUACCAGGGUAACUUUAAGAAGGGGGUUCACUGAUGUACUUUUGAUGGUAUGGUCAAAAUAUUUCACUUCACUACAGUAGUUUUUGUCCUUUACCUUCAGUAUCAGUGUUCAGAGUGCAGGUGAGGUGGGGGGUGGGGGU